AUGGGCCGUUACCCAAUUACGUCCAACCUUAGCUCCCGUGGAACCGAUAAAUACGCCCAUGCCCUCUUGGACCAACGCCGCAUGUCCGAGCCAGCCAUGUAUGGCAGCGCAAUAGGCGGUUAUUCCACGAGUUCUUCAGCCGAUCUAGCCUCCGCAAGAUAUCAACAGCUGCAACACCACUACACCUCGUCACAAUCAUCCCCCAGAUUGUACGCCCCUUAUACCUCUCAACGUACAGCCCCGGCCCGCGAUCAAUUGUCAGGAUCGCCCUGGAACGACAAAGAUCAACUUCCAUUACACUGUUACGACGGUGUUGACCUAGAAGAACCUAUUUCACCUCUUAAUCCUAAUUUUUCGGGUGGCGAGGGAUCACCUACAAUGGGCUUCCUUGGUAUGCCCUACGGCACACUUUCCGAGGACUACGGUCCAUCACCCCCUGGUACAGGCACAUCUACAUCAUCCAACGGGGCCAGGCGGUUCGUUGACGCUUCAGGCUCAAGUUCUGAUGGCAAGCAAUACUCUUUCGUGGCCCUACCUGGAAAUGCUGUCAAGAAGCGUCCUAGGCGGCGCUACGACGAGAUUGAGCGGUUAUAUAGGUGUUCAUGGCCUUCGUGCGCCAAGGCAUAUGGCACUCUAAACCACUUGAAUGCCCACGUUACCAUGCAGAAACACGGUGUCAAGCGUAGUCCAAACGAGUUCAAAGAGCUUCGUAAACAAUGGCGUAAAUCGAAAAAGGAGGAAGCUGAUGCUCGUGCUGCUGCGUCAGUGAUGGGGAGGUCAACUCAUCACGCUUAUCUCCAGCGCGGGAUGCAUGACUCAUACCCCGACGUGGACUACCAUCUUCGCUCGCAGCAAAAUUCCCAUGUUGACCGGUUUACGCCGACUGCGUCUCCAGAGGACAUGCAUGAGAUUGACAUGCAAGACGUUUACGAGCGCCGGCAGCAGCGUUUCAGUGGCCUCUUCCCUUCCGCUAGUCGCAAUACCAGUCCCACAUACGCCCAGCCGAAUAUGCCCUCGUCGCACGCGGCCAUGAGUCGGCUUCCAACCAAUAGCACGCUGUUGACUCCUCUGCCGGGUUAUGAGCAUCCGGGAGCCACUACGGACCUUGAUGUGUAUGCUUCGUAUGGUGUAUACGGCGACAACCGUCCUGGUUCUGGGCAUGGGAGCUAUGACGAAAAACGACGAAGUGGGUGA